CACGACGACUUCUUCGGAACCAGCGCUGCAUUGCCAUUGAAGGCUACCCAUCAUGGAAAUUGCGAAGACCAGUCAGAGUCUCACCACUGCAUCAGAGAUGCGGGAGACCACCCAGAUGCUGAUGCAGCCCAAUGCAAACUGGGAGGAGUACCUGACUCCUGCUCCACUCUCCAUCGCCAUCAUGGGGGAGCUCAUCUUCAUCUCCUCCGGGGACGACUUCUCCAUCAACCCCUCCAAAAGAGACUCAAAAGACUCCCCUCAAAAGCCAUUUGAGUACAUAAAAUACCCCGACUCCUUCAGGGCCUGCCUUAUGCAGGUGUGUAACUCAGGCUGGCACGCAUUCAACGAGGCCCACAAGAACAUGGAUCAGAUCCGCAUUCAUACGUCAACAGUUCCUGUUUACAUGAAGGCAGCGGUCAAGAUCCUUUUCAAAGGCAAUGAUGAAGUUAUUAAAACGCUCCUGCCCAAUCAGCUGGAGAACAUCCGCACUAUUGCAGAUGAGUGCGUGACACUAGCAGACAGUGUUGAAAAGAAAUAUAUGGAUGUCAUCAACUUAAUCCAGGAGCUGUUGGCAGCCUGUGUCAAUGCCGAGUGCAUUUAUGGAGACGAGCUAGAUAAGGUCAAGAUGAAAUUGAGAGAAGCCAAAACAAAGGAGAAGACUGCCAGAGAGCUGACCAAACGGUCCGAAAAAGCUUUUGAGGCGAUGUCGAAGCAACUAGAAGAAGCACAAGCGGGGUUCAUGAGCUCAAUGGACUCCCUUCCAACGGGAUGGGACAUGAUAGGCAUGGAUUUUGUUGAAGGACUCACAUCAGGUAUAACAAGACUUCUGAAUCCACAGAAAACUUCAGUAACGGAAAAGAGUGAUGAUAAAAAUCCUGAUGAGAUCACUCUGAUGACUGUCUACAGCAAGUCUGGAGAGAUUCUGAGCUAUGCAGGGAGUCUUAGUGAGUUUGUCAAAGAAAGUGGAAUUGACUGGAAGGAAUUAUAUGAUCAGAAAACUAAAUCUACCAAGACCAAAUGGACUCAAUCUCAGUUUGAAAGGAUCUAUGAAGACCUGAAGAAACUGUCUGAUUGCAAUCCUGUGAAGAAAGCUCUGGCAUUAUGUGAGAAGGGCAUUGCCAUCUGUGCAGAGAUAGCAAAGUAUGACCCAGAGAAGAAGUGGGAUGAGAAUAUAACCCAAAAGCUGAUAAUAGAUGUUAAGAAGGUGAACGACGAUGCCCGAACCUUUGACAGUGAGAGUAAGGCCACCUCAGGUUCUCCUGCACUUACCCCAAAACCGCCGAUGAUGUACAAAGCAGAGAGUACAUCAGGACAACGGCAGUCUGCCAGUCAGAGAGCAUCGGAGAACGCCCAUUUCCGCAUCGAGCAGAGCCGACAACAACUCCAGCAAGCGUGUGAGUUAUAUGAGAAGCGUAUGGAAAAUAUGGAGAAAAACGAGAAGGAGCUGAACGAGAUCCUGAUUGAGAUGCAGAACUGCAAGAUCAAAGAGAUUGACUUCAACACCAAAAUCGAAAUGCUGGUCAAAGGUCUCGAUGCCAUGGGCAGAGUCAAAGAGCAGUGGGAGAAGAUGGUGCGCUUCUUCCAGAUGGUCUCCAACAUCGUUAAAGCAAGUCUCAGUCAGAAGCUACACAGCUUUGUGAAGACAUCCGAAGAUAUAAAGAAACUCGCUUACAACGAGAAGCUGUUUGCAAAAGACCUCUUGUACAACUAUGCUUUUCAAGCCUCCAACAUCGCCAGCCUGGUCCACAUGAUCUCAGGGACCUACACUGAAGUGUCCAGCAAAUACCUGAUGGACAAAGUGAGCAGCCUGGGCAAGCUCAUGGCCAUGGAUAAGAGUAACCCAGAGUUCAUGCAAGAGCGUCUGAAGCUGCAGCAGUCUUGCAAGGCAGCUCAGGACGGCAUCCUUCAGCUGGUCCAGAAGAACAAGAAGGAAUUUGAGAGGAAGACCGACACCAGGAUGGAAAAAAUAGAAAGUGGGCUGAAAGCCGUUCUGCCUGAAGCCUCGCCCGAGGAGACUAAGAGAAUGAGAGAAAUAGUUCAGGCCGGGUUUACAGAGGGAGGGAAUGUUGAUGAGGAAGAGAAUUAUUACUGAUUCAAGUUCAUUUUUUCCCAUAGGCCUACCACAUUUUUUUUGCAUGAACCUAUAAUUGAGUCAAUUUUCGCUAAUACGCUUAGAAAUUAAUUCUUACAAAU